AUGACCAGAUACGAUCGAUACAAAGUGUCCUCGGAGCAGCAGCAGGAGCAGCAGAAGCCCACAGUUGUGAUCGAAGUGCAACGACAGGAGCAGAAAGACGCGGCCACCCGUGGUGUGACGAUGAUUGACGAGGAGUCGCUGCUGCUGGAGCGGGCCAACUCCGAGAGAGAUGAGAUCUUCCUACGGUACGAUCAGGGUCGCAAGAGUGAAAACAUUGAUGCCUGGGAGGAUCCCUCUUCCAAGGAGUACACACAGAAUGAUCGAUACGGAUUUUUACACCCCGUUGGACCGAACCCUCCCGUUGCACCGUCCCACGAUGCCAAGAAUAUACAGAGCAAGCUGGAAAUAGAGCGGUCGAAGAAAUGGGUCAAAAUGCACAAAAACUGGAACAGCACUGCAACGAAGGAGAAUCUCCGAAGGCGCAUAAUGAAGGGCAUUCCGAAUCACAUGCGAAUGGCGAUCUGGAAAAAUCUGCUCGACCUCGAUCGACUGGUGAAGGAAAAUGUGGGAGUGUAUAAGCGGAUGCUGCAAUGUGCCCGGCAACGUAGUCCAGACAUACGGCAAAUCGAUUUUGACGUGAACCGACAGUUUCGGAAUCAUGUGUUUUACCGAGAGCGAUAUAGCGUAAAACAACAGAGUCUUUUUCGUGUGCUAGCCGCUUAUAGUAUGUUCAACACCGAAAUAGGUUACUGCCAGGGUAUGUCCACUGUUGCCGCAGUUUUACUGAUGUAUUUAGAUGAAGAGGAAACGUUUUGGGCUUUGGAUGUACUGAUGAUAAAUCCUCGCUACGCUAUGCAUGGCCUGUACAUUGUGGGCUUCCCGAAACUGAUGCGCUUUCUGGCGCACCACGACAAGAUCCUGUCCCGGUGCUUGCCCAAGCUAAAGAAACACCUAGACAAGCACGAGGUACAUUCCGUGCUAUAUUCGUUGAAGUGGUUUUUUGUUAUCUUCCUCGAACGGAUACCAUUUAGCUUGUGCCUACGAGUGUGGGACAUUUAUUUGAUGUUUGGUGAGCGUGUACUUACAGCAAUGGCUUAUACAAUACUUAAGAUCCAUAAAUCGAAGCUCUGUCGUAUGAAGGAUAUGGACCAGGUAACAGAUUUCCUGCAGACCUCGCUGCACAAACAUUUUGGUAAAGAAGACGAUUAUGUGAUAAAAGCUCUUCAGAGUUCGAUGGACGAACUGAAGAAACUGAAGCUGCUUAACUUACCACCUGCUGCAGCCAACGAACUGCCUACCUUGCCUAGGGGACAAUUGGUCGAGCCAUCGACAAAAACUAGGAUCGGUCAUCGGAAUGAUGAGUUUUCAGAGCGGGAGAUAGUAUUGAAAGAAAAGGUGUUGUUUCGCAGUGAAUCGAAGGAGUGUGAGGAUGAACAGUACAAUAAUGGUGACGCUCAAGAACGGACUGCAGCUGGUGAGGAUGAAGAUGAUGAGCGUACGGAAAAAGAUUACGAUGAUAUUACGGAAGAUACAAUCAGCCAACUGCAUACAGUUUCGGACAUCGAUGGGGGAAGCAUAACGAAGCAUUCGUUGACGGGAACAUCGAUUACAUCAACGAACGACAUCAGUUUAACCUCGUACGAUCGAACAAGUGAUAUCUUUCGGCUGCCAGCAUCUGGGCAGCAUCAAAUUAAUUGCGAUAGUCCAGCAACUUCUUCGGCGGUUCGUUUGCUCGAUCAGUUGGCCGCGCAGCUGUCGGACGAAGAGCUGUCCUCUUACGGGGUAACCGUGGAUUUAAUACUCGACGAUGACAAUAUCGGCAAGUCUACGAUGGCAAAAGUAGCCGACUUCGACAAGGAUAACGUAGAAAACCUACCUGCGGUUCACGAGCAAGCAAUGGAAGAGUUUAAAUGGGUGUCACAGAGCCGUGCCGAUCAUGAGACUAACGAUACGAUCAUGCAGACAACUCCAGCAGACUCGAUUAUUGUACAAUCAUCAACGCAACAAGAUAAUGACGAAGAGGAGGAAGAUGAACUGACCGAAAAGCAGUUAUCAUUUUAGGCGCACGUACGCAAUGAGGUCCUAUUGAGGCUCACUUUGCGAAAGUGCGGAUGAUCAACUGCUUACAUUGCUCACUGCCGAAAGUACUGCAGGAGGGAACGUACACGUACUUUUUCAGGGUUUUCACAAUUAUCUGUUGCUCAGUUUUAAAAUCGACCUAGUGUAAGGGGGUCUAGAAAGGCGUAGGGUUUGUAUUGUAAGAUAACUUGCUGAUCAUUUCAACCUUUACAAAA